AUGGCUCAGAAUACCAAGGAGGUGGUCGAGGAGGCCGGUCUGGCGAACGAGAAUGACUUUGUCGUCGACUGGGACGGGGACGACGACCCCGCGAAUCCGAUGAACUGGCCGUCCCGGCGCAAGGCGAUCAAUAUUGCUCUGCUCUCAUGUCUGACGUUUGUCACCCCGCUCGCGUCGUCCAUGUUCGCGCCGGGAAUCCCCAGAGUGAUGCGCGAUUUCGACAGCACGAGCGUCAUUCUCGCCUCGUUCGUCGUCUCGGUGUACCUGAUUGGCUACGCGUUCGGACCGCUGGUGUGCGCGCCCAUGUCGGAGAUCUACGGCCGCUGGAUCGUCUAUCAGAUCACCAACGUCCUGUUCAUCAUCUUCACCGUCGCCUGUGCCGUGGCCCCGUCGCUGGACAGCCUCAUUGGGUUCCGGUUUCUGGCCGGUUCGGCUGGGUCGGCGCCCCUGGUUCUCGGGGGAGGAAGCGUGGCGGAUCUGUACACCAGGGAGGAAAGAGGGUCGAAGAUGGCCAUCUUUGCGAUGGGUCCGUUGAUCGGUCCUGUGGCAGGACCCGUUGCAGGUGCCUUUCUGUCGCAGAAUGUCGGCUGGCGAUGGGUCUUCUGGGUCAUUAGCAUUGCGGCUGGGGUUGUCACGGUGUUGUCUUUCCUCUUCAUGAAGGAGUCCUACGCGCCAGUCCUCCUGGAGAGAAAAGCCGCCAAGCUGCGCAAGUCGACGGGCAAUGCACAAUACCGAUCGAAGAUGUCGACGGCGGAUUCCCCUCGCACGGCGCUCGCAAAGGCCCUGAUCCGCCCGACCAAGAUGUUCUUCAUGUCUCCCAUUGUCUUCAUCUUUGUCGUCUACAUCUCCAUCGUUUACGGCUAUCUCUACCUGAUCUUCACCACCAUUACCGAGAUCUACGAGGGUACAUAUGGCUUCUCCACCGGUCUGGCCGGUCUGUCGUAUCUGGGUAUUGGCGUCGGCAUGUUCAUAGGGUUGGCCUUGUUCGGCGCCACCAGCGACAAGCGGAUCCAGGCGAAGAAAGCCAAAGGCGACAUCUCACCAGAAGUCAGGCUGGAAGGCCUGAUCCCGGCUGCGUUCUGCAUCCCCAUCGGGCUGUUUUGGUACGGAUGGUCGGCGGAAAAGCAGCUUCAUUGGAUUAUGCCCAUCCUUGGCACGGGCUGGGUGGGAUUGGGACUGAUGGGCAUUUUCAUGGCCGUCCAAACCUAUCUCGUCGACUGCUAUCCGCGCUUCGCCGCCAGCGUCACGGCAGCAAACACGGUGGUCCGCUCACUGACGGGGGCUUUCCUCCCGCUCGCGGGACGACCCUUGUACUCCGGUCUCGGGCUGGGCUGGGGAAACAGCGUGCUCGGAUUCAUUGCGCUGGCAAUGGUCCCGCUACCGUUUGUCUUUAUGAGAUACGGCGCCACGCUUAGGACUCACCCGCGGUUUCAAGUCAGCUUUUGA